AUGGGUAUACCUGCUUUUCGACAUAUUCGUAAUGGUGAAUUUUAUUAUUCUUAUAAUCCAUGCUAUCCAUUUUCUGAAGAAUCUGCUUGUAUUAAUGUAGCUAUAUGUCAAAUAUACAAAGAUGAAUCAGCUUCUUUUAUUCUUGGUUAUAAUUCUCAAGUAACAUGGUCAAUAAGUGCAGAUGGAAAAGUAACACUUAUUUAUUCAACAGAUGAUCGUCAAACAAUUGUUAAUCUUGUAUGUUCACAAGAACUUGAUCAACUUAUUAUUAAUGGAGAAUAUGAACAUAACCAUUAUAAUUUAACAUUAUCUAGUAAAUGUGCUUGUUGGAAUCAAUGUUAA